GCAGUACCAACACAUAAGACAGUUGCGGAAGUAACAAACACACUUCUACCAGAGAGCGAAAAGAGAGACAUGCAGUUACUGAGAAAGCUGCAGCAGCGUCCGUUUCUGCGGUACGCCUCUUCUACACAACCGUUUUACGCGAGGUUUAAAUAUGGCCCGCGAUCGAGGGCGGAAUUCUGGGGACUGGUGGCGGGUGCGUCCAUCUUUCCGGUCUUCGUCGCGUUGACGAAUUGGUAUGAAAAUCAAAAAUUGGUGAAGCCGGAGCUAGCCCCCGAUUUCCAGUCAACGAAGUCGGUCAAAAUGGAACCGAGAACGCAGCUUGGAGGUCCUUUUCGCCUGAGGGAGAGUCGAACGGGCGAGUACAUCACCGACGAGGAGCUGUUCAAAGACAAGUGGACACUCCUUUACUUCGGCUUCUCUAAAUGCGCCGAGAUCUGCCCCAACACGCUGACCUAUAUUUCACAAGUGAUGAAAGCCUGUGAUGAGGAGUACGGUAACGAUCCCGAUUUGGCGAACGAGGAGAAGAAACUGCAGGCGGUGUUUCUCAGCAUUGACUUUCUGCGCGACCAGCCGGAAGUCGUGGAGAAGUUUGUGCGCAAGUACGACCCACGAGUGCGCGGCCUCUGCGGGACAAAGCAAGAAGUCGAGACAGCUGCGAAAGCGUGGCGUGUCUACUAUUCCUCAGUGGAUGAGACAGAUGAGGAGCGGGAAGCUCGCGAGGCAAAGGGAGUAGAUGCACCUGUUAUUGACGACACCUACCAAUUCGACCACAGCAGUGCCAUCUAUCUUGUGGGGCCAGAUUGUAAAAUGAAAGACUUCUAUUUUCAGGUCAUGGGAAUCCGCGACACCGUGGAUCGUAUCGGCGUCCACAUUAGCGAUGUGUAUGGCUUUAGCGAUACCCGAAAAGAGUGA